CGCGCCCCCGGGAGGCGGGCCCGGCCGCGCGCGGGACAUGGCGGAGCGGGGCGGCUGUGCUGGCGGCUUCAGGAAGGACACCGUGGAUCGGCUUCUCCGCCUCCAUUUCCGGGACGCGAGGACCCGAGUUAACGCCGACGCGCAGCUGCUGGUGGCCGAGUUGCUGAAGGUCUUCGUCCGAGAAGCAGCGGCACGGGCAGCGCGGCAGGCUCAGGCAGAGGACCUGAAGAAAGUGGAUACUGAACACCUGGAGAAAGCAUUGCCACAGCUGCUCCUGGAUUUCUAGAGGCCUCCUUGAAGCAUAUGUUGCCUGUCAGCAGACAGUCCUGACCUGAGGUAUGUCUCAGCCUCAGAGACACCCUGGGACCAACAGUCUUAACUUUUUCUUCCUCUGCCAUUUUGAUUCUGUUUCCUCUCUCAUUUACCAAGCACAACACAGCCCAAAGCAAUUAUGCUGUCAGAUACUGUUUUUCAGAAGAGGGUGCCAUAGGCUUAUUUUGUUCAGCUGAAUGCAUAACUGGUGCAUAACAAUGUAUCUUGCUGCCUUACUCCUGUAACAGAGGUCUGUAUUUCAUGUAGUAAGAAGCUGUUGCUUUCUCAGCUAACUUGAGAAAGAGGUGCUGCUUCACAGAGAUGCAUGGAAAGAUGUAAUGGCUGGAAAUACCAUCCAGCCCUCAGGCUCUCAUUGGCUCAAGCAGGCAGCUGUAACAGCAGCUCCAUGUGCAGCUCCAGCCUUCCUAAUGAAUAAGUCAUUAACAGGAGCUUAGUCACAAGCAGGACUUGCCAAAGGCAGGUAACUGAUCUUUAUUUUAUAAAUAAACAGUGUCUGUCCCUCACUA